CUUGUAGGUAUCUCUGAACUGGUUUAAGGAGUUUAAUGAUCAACAAAAAAACUGCAUGAUGAAAAGACUAUUGGAAUUGUGUGAGCUUCCUCAGAUGCAUAUGUUGUCUGUGUUAAUGGAACCAAUUCUUCAUCAAACAUGUCCACAUAACUGCCAAGACCUGUUGUCAUGGCUACCUGCUCAGCUUUCUCUCCAUGUUUUAUCGUUCCUUGAUCCAGUAAGUCUUAGUGCAUGUUCUCAAGUAAGUAAGGUAUGGUAUGAGUUAAUUACACACCCAUAUUUAUGGCAACGACUAUGUCGUCUUCCUAAGUGGCAACUGUCUAGGGCAGAGGAACACAAGCAAAUGAUCAACCACAUGUCCUCGACUAUAAGGGUAAGUUAGUUAAUAACAUAUGCCAAACACAGUGCUGCCUUAGGUUUAUCUAAGAAGUGUUACAUUUGCCAACCACUGUGUAAUCUUCUUCAUACUUUAAGUGCUUCCUUAGGUUCACUACUAACAUUUGCCAACCACAGUGUCAUCCUCUUCACACUUUAUGUGCUCCUUAGGUUCAUUACUAACAUUUGGCAACCACAGUAUCAUCCUCUUCAUAAUUCAGGUGCUUCUUUAGGUUCUUACUAACAUUUGCCAACCACCGUAUCAUUCUCUUCAUACUUCAAAUGCUCCUGAGGUUCACUACUAUCAUUUUUCCAACCACAGUAUCAUCCUCUUCAUACAUCAAGUGCUUCCUUAGGUGCACUUUUAACAUUUGCUAUCUACAUUAGGAAAAAAAAAAAAACUUAAAAAAAAAAUUUUAACUUAAGGAUUUUAAAAUAUUUAUAAACUAUAAUACCAUAGUUUUAUUAAAUGGGGCCCCGAUGGUUUUAAACAAUAAAAGCUGGGUUCUGAUGUUUGAGAUCAUGCUUCUGAUUUUGUGAUCAAUCUGCUUUGCAUUGUAUAUAGGCCCUAC